AUGGCACAUGCGAUUCGUGCGAGUAUCAAAGAUGGAGGCAAGCGAACUGUAUUUCUUGUUAAAACAGUUGCACUUGUUCAACAACAAAGUGAUUAUAUUCAUAUUCAUACCGAUUUGAGUGUCGGUAAAUAUUAUGGUGAAUUGGGUGUUGAUUUAUGGCAAAAGCAACGAUGGAUCGAUGAAUUUGAACAUCAUCAAGUACUUGUAUUUACUGCUCAAAUCUUUCUCAAUCUAGUCGAUCACAAUUAUUUUCCCUUGUAUAAAGUCAAUUUAUUAAUUUUUGACGAAUGCCAUCAUUCUACAGGAGAAAAUUGUUAUGCAACAUUGAUGAGUAGACAUUAUCGUUCAUGUCACGAUCCACCACGUAUAUUAGGUUUAACAGCAUCGAUAAGUGCUAAAAAAAUCACACCAUUCCAAUUGAAUCAAGCUGCCAAGGAUAUUGAAAAUACAUACAGAGCUCGAGUUGCGAGUAGUUCAAAUAGAGAAGAAAGUAAUCGAUGUGGUACAUCAGCUCAAGUUGAGCACAUCUACUAUUUGCCAUACAAAGACCAGGUGUGCUGCAAUAAUGAUAGUAUCAUGAUUGCAUUUGAUACAAUUGAAUCGAUUCUACUUGAUCUUCAACCGUAUUUGACUGAACAAAAAGCAGAACGCAAAAAGAUUGAACAUGAUCUUGCUAAAGUAAUGCGCACAACAGACUAUCUGGGCCUAAAUCUAGACGAAUACAAUGCUCAUUCAGUGGACUAUACAAUAUUUCUCCAAUCAGAAUAUGUUAAUUUGCCUCGUCUCAAACAUUAUCUUGUCAAUUUAACAUUUACAGGCUAUGAACUUGGUAUCUACGGUUUGUUUUUAGCAGCUGAAUCACUUCAAAAAGUCCUUAAAUCAUCUCAAGCACUUGAUUUAAUUACUGAUUCAAAAGGAAAAGAAUUGUUCAAUAAUUCAUUAGAACGUAUUGACUGUCUCGUCAAUGAUAUUCUUCGAAAUUUGAUCGACAUCAAUCAGAAUAACUAUAAAAUUCUUUUCAGUUCGAAGGUACUCAAUUUAUUUCAUCGUAUCAAAAAUGAUGUUGACAAAGAUAAUCUUGGUCGAUGCAUUGUAUUUGUUGAACGCAUCUACACGGCAAUUAUUUUGAGUCAAAUAUUGACUUUCCUUGGCGAGAAAUUUUUACCGAGAAAUAAGAAUUGUCUCAAAAUAAAAUAUCUCACUGGACCCAGAGCAAACAUAGGCAACACGACAAUGACAGCCAAAUAUCAGCGUCAAAUCAUAAGAGAAUUUCGUACGGGUGAAAUCAAUGUUUUGGUAGCUACGGCAGUAGUUGAAGAAGGUCUUGAUAUUCCACAAUGUAAUCUUGUAUUUCGUUUUAAUAAACCGCCCAAUUUUUCUUCAUACAUGCAAUCGAAAGGACGUGCUCGAGCUAAACAAAAUGCAUCAUAUUGUGCAAUUAUUGGCAAUGGUCGAUUAUGUCCACCUCGAAUUCUCUAUCAUGAAACGAAUCGUAAUACAUUUGAGAGUAUUCUCUCUAUGCCAGCAAAUUGUCCAAUACGGGAUGAUAUUGUUGUAAAUCGAGAUUCUUUGAUGGCAACAAUGAAACCUACACGCAAUCCUCGAAUAAACUAUCUUUAUCAAGUACCAACAACGAAAAAGAACGCAAACAAAAAUCCUACAACAGAUUUAAUUCUCGAUCAACCUGUUUACUAUCCAAUAGAACUUCUUCAUUAUGCUCCAGUAAAUCAAGCUGAUUUAAAAUUGUUCUAUAAGUUACCAAGUAUUCUUGUCCGUCUUACUCAAUUGUAUUGGAUUGAACAAUUACGAAUAUUGUUUGCUUCCAAUAUUCAGACUUAUUCGCUGAUGGAUGUAAAACAAAUGCGAAAGCCUAUUGAUUUCAACGAUUGUCUUAAGAACAUGGAUUUGUCAUCAGCCACAACGCUCUUUGUAACUCGACGAUCUUUACUUCCAUUAACGUCACUCACCUACGAUUCAUUGACUAUAAAAAAUAAAUUAAUGACGAAUGAACAGCCUUCUUCCGAUGUUCUUUUUCAAGCCAUAACACGACGUUCUAGUGGCGAACAAAUGGACAAUGAAAAUUUCGAAAUUCUUGGUGAUUGUUUUCUCAAAUUGGCUGUUUCAAUGUCUUUAUAUUAUCGUUAUCAUUUGGCCAGUGCUGGUUUGUUGACAGCAAAAAAAAUUAAACAAAUCUCAAAUGAAAAUCUCUAUCGAUUAGUCGUCAAAAAACAAUUAAAAAACUAUUUGAAUGUUAAUAAAAUCGUAUUUCGAGGUAAAGAUGCCAAUUGGUUACCGCCUGGAUACAGCAUCGAUGAGACAAAAUUAACAAUUAGUGAACAGUUCUCUCAUCAGAAAGCAAAAAGAAAAGCUUUUAGCGAUAUGAUAGAAGCAUUUAUUGGUGCUUUUCUUAUUUCAAGUAAUUAUAAAACAACGAUUGAAUUUAUGCAUUGGCUUGGGCUCGAUGUUAUUCCAAUCAAUGAACAAGUCACAGACAUUCGUCAAGAUUUAUCGAAUAACAGUCGUCUUGCCUAUAUUUUGGUUGCUUGUGGUCUUCAUAGGAAGAUUCUUCACAAUUCAACUGAUUUGUUUGGUCAUAUUUCAUUGUAUGCUGGUGAUGAAGAUUUAUUUCCAAAAGAUCAAUCAACUGAGCAAUAUUUAAGUAAAGAUCUUGAUCGAUGGGCUAAUUCAACAGCUCCAAAAGCUCUAGCUGAUGUAUUUGAGGCACUUGUUGGAGCCAUCUUUCUCGACUCUGGUAAUUGUUUAGAAACUGUUUGGCGGGUUGUCGAACCUUUACUUCGAAAAUACCUAGAUCGAUCUAUUAUUCAUCCUAAUUUGAAUCCGAUAAGAUCAUUUUCAGAACAUGGUGACAAGGGCGGCGAUAGGCCAAUCGCGGUUUGUAUUGUUCGAAUGCCGAAUGGUACUCUAUUCGAAGGUCGUGGUGUAAAUAAGAACAUAGCCAAAGCAAAUGCAUGUCGAGAAGCGAUGAAACAACAGCAGCACAACAAAUAA